UCCAAUUGAAUUCUGCAGUAAGUUAGGGUUGAUGUUUUCCCCAAUUCCGCAGUGAAAUUCAGACAAAUUGAGAAGUAAUCAUGAUGUCGAUAGAGGAUAUCCUCGAUAUCUGCAUAGAGAAGGGGAGAGAAGUUGAAGAUAAGAUUAAAAAGAUCUCUGACGAUGCACGCCUUGAGAAGUUGAAAUUGAAGGAGGAGUGUAAGAAGAAAGCAAGGGAGGAUGAGAAGAUGUUUGCAGUGAAACGAAAGUAUAAUGACAAACGGAAGCUUCUCUACGAUCAAAGAAAAGAGCUUAUCAAAUCGAUUCCUGAUUUCUGGCCGACUGCUAUUCUUAAUUGUUCGGGUCUCCAGAAAUUCUUGAGCAAACACGACAGAGAGAUAAUCAAGUUUAUAAACUCUGUGGUUGUUGAAGAUGGCGAAAUUACCUUUUUCUUUGACGAGAAGAAUCCGUAUUUAAAAAAUACAUGUCUCACAGCGAUAUACUCACGCACCGACAAACAAAUAGUUCAUAAAAAAGGAACUAAAAUCUUGUGGAAGAAGGAUGCAGGCACCACAACUGGAUCAGAAAAUAAGAUUCCCGGGAGCAUUCAAUCGCUUAAGGAUAUUAAAAUUAAAAGUUUCUUUACACGGUUCUUUGAGCCUAAGCGCAAAACUCCACAAAAGCCUUAUGAUGAGGUGCUUAAGACAAUCGAAGAGCAUCUAUGGCCACGCGUAUUCGGCUAUUUCUCAAAUAGGUGGAUUACUGCACUGGAAGCAGAGAAAGGAAUCAAGCAUAAGAUUGCUUUGGAUGAAUUGUUGAAUAUACACCUCAAGCUUCAAACGAUUGAUGGCGAAGAAUACCGUGAAAGCGUCGCAGUGGAGCGAGAAUUUGAGAAAAAGGCAAGGGAACGGCAAGUGCUUAUUGAGCAGAAAUGUAACAAAGACCAGAGACCUCUUUAUCAGGAGAGAAAUGAGAUUGUCGAAAAGUUUCCAAACUUCUGGUUACUUGCGUUUUUGAGUCAUUAUGCACUUGGCGAUCUUUUCAGUGAGGAAGACCAAAAGAUAUUCAGGUUUGUAAAGUCUAUGUGUGUUGAAGAUGAGGAAGAUGUCGUAUCUGGGUACACGAUUACAUUAAACUUCAAUAAGAACCCAUACUUCACAAACACAACUCUCAUAAAAAGAAUCUCAUUUGGUGAAGAUGGAACUACUAUCUUAAGUGCUGUCCAUAUCAACUGGGAGGUUAUCAUGGAUAUUGCUACUGAAUAUCAACAUAACACUUCUGUUACUAAUAUAAGCUUCUUUACCUGGUUUUGUGCUCCUCAAAAAUUUAAAACAAGGCACCAUGAUGAGGUGUCUGGGCUAAUUAAAGAUGAAUUGUGGCCAAAUGUUGUUGCGUAUUUUAUCAAUGGAAAUGAAAGUGAUGAAGAGGAUGAACAACCAAAAGGCGUAGAGGAAUGGCACAAAAAAAGGUGUUGAGGAAUGAAAUAGCUAGCCUCUUCCAGUUUGGGUGUUCAAUAAUUGACUUUCAUUGUAGUUGGUAUAACUUAUGAAAUGUAUUUCAUAGAGUUCUCCUGCAAUGUACAAUUUUCAAUUUAACCUUCACACUAUCAUGGAAGUCAGUGACUGCAGAUAUGUACACAAACAUGAUUUUACUCAGAUUUCACGUUUAAGGCUCAA